UGCACAAAAUCCAAGCAAGUUGACAAAAUGGGUUUCCACAUGGGACGACAGCUGCUGCUCUGCGGAUUCCUCCUGGUGAUGCUCCAAGUGGUGACCCAAUCGCAGGCCAAGCCGCAGGAUGUGAUCACGGUUGCCGGCGAGGAGACGGAGGUGGUGAUCAAGCCGGACGGCGAUGGCGACGACGAUGACUCCUCCUCCGAGGAAACAGUCGAGGACUCGGAGGAGAACCGACGCAGGCGGCGGGAGGUGAACACGGACAACACUCCACUGGCUCGAGCGGGCAUUCCAGGUUUGCCAGAUCCCGCCGUCAUAAUCAAGUUCGCUGAGCUCUUUCAAUCCGUAGGCGAGCAAGUAGUACCCAUUCUGUUGGAGGCAAUUCUUCCCAGUGUGGACGAGGCUGGAGAACGCUUCGCCAGAUCCCUGAACUUCCUCAAGAACUUGGUUCCCGGUGCGGAAGAGCCCGCCACCGAAAAGAACGAAUAACCCAGCUGAAAAUGAUUUUAUGAGGAACUGAACCGGAAUUUGUAAUUGGUAUCUGGAGAGUAGGAGUUGUACAAUUAGUGAUCAGUCUAGGAUAAUCGGUUUUUGAGCUUAAUUAUUAAAGAUAGUGAGCAUUUCAA